CUUCACAACUUUGCUCUCUGGUUUAGUUCGUCGUGGAAAGUUAAAGGAAGCGGACGUAUACAUCAUGAGUGAAGUUUAUAAACUUGGUGAUUUAGUUUGGGCUAAAAUGAAGGGAUUCAGUCCUUGGCCAGGCCGGGUAGCCAUCCCAACUCCGGAGCUGAAGCUACCAAAAAAGGCGACCAAUGUUCAGUGCAUUUAUUUCUUUGGAACUAAUAAUUACGCGUGGAUAGAAGAACACAACAUAAAACCAUACCACGAGCACAAGGAGCAGCUGAUCAAGUCCAGCAAGACGACAGCAUUCAAGGAAGCUGUUAAUCAGAUCGAGGAGUUCAUCGUCAAUCCCGAGAAAUUCGGCGACAUUGAUGAGCACGCAAGGAACCCUGAGGAAGAGUUUGACAAACUCAAGGAUGAGAUGAACGAGGACAGCUCUCAAGAGAAAUCUGAAGUGGAGCAAUCUCCCGAGGUGAAGAAAAAGAGCUCUACGCCGAAGAUACGUUUGGGAAUUUCAAAGGUGAAGUCUGCCAAACGGUCGUCAUCCGCCAGCCUGAAGGGCGUGGCGCGCAAGAAGGUGCGUCGCGUCGCUCGCUCCUUCACAGACACAGACCUCGCUAAUGAGAAACCCUCGAUGCUGAACCACUCCUUCAGCAAGAAGUCCAGCUUGCUGCACCGGCCUUCUAAUAUACUGAGACCGGACACUCCACCUCUAGACCUGGAGAACGUAUCAGAAACCCUGCUGGAGAAGAACAUCAAGGCCAGCCAGAUGAAGUUCGGUUUCCUGGGGCUGGGCAUCAUGGGAAGUGGCAUUGUGAAGAACCUACUCAACUCUGGCCACAAGGUGCUCGUGUGGAAUAGAACUGGGGCCAAGUGCAAAGACUUUGAGAAGGUGGGCGCGACGAUAGCGGUGACGCCGUGCGAUGUGGUGGAGGAGGCAGAUAUAACCUUCUCAUGUGUCGCAGACCCUCAGGCUGCUAAAGAGAUGGUGUUCGGCAACUGCGGCGUGCUGCACUGCCCCUCGCUGGAGGGCAAGGGCUACGUGGAGAUGACAUCCAUCGACGCUGACACCUCGCAUGACAUCGUGGAAGCUGUCAGUGGCAAGGGCGGCCGCUACCUUGAGGCGCAGAUCCAGGGGUCGAAGACGCAGGCGGAGGAGGGCACGCUGAUCCUGCUGGCGGCGGGCGACCGCUCGCUCUUCGACGACUGCCAGUCCUGCUUCAAGGCCAUGAGCAAGAACUCCUUUUACCUUGGUAGCGACAUCGGCAACGCGUCGAAGAUGAACGCGGUGCUGCAGGUGGUGGGCGGCGUGUCGCUGGCCGCGCUGGCCGAGGGCCUGGCGCUGGCCGACCGCGCCGGCCUCAGCCAGGCUGACCUGCUCGACGUGCUGGCGCUCACGCCGCUCGCCUCGCCGCAUCUCAUACUCAAGGGACGAGCGAUGAUAGAAUCAUCGUACUCUACGCAUCAGCCGCUGACGCACAUGCAGAAGGACCUGAAGCUGGCGCUGGGGCUGGGCGACGCGCUGGAGCAGUCGCUGCCGCUCACCGCCACCACCAACGAGAUCUUCAAGCACGCCAAGCGCCUCGGCUACGCCAACCACGACGUCGCCGCUGUCUACAUCCGCGCGCGCUUCUGAUGCACCACGCACACCGCCUCUCACACGCCUCGCCACCACCGCGUCAGACGUCUCACCAACACCACGGCUCACCAACACAGCGUCAGAAGUCUCACCAGCACUACAUCAGAACAUGUCUCACCAACAUCGCGUCAGACCAUAACAACGAGUGUCGAACCAUGUCUUACCAAAACCGCGUCAGAACAUGUCUCACCAAUAUCGCGUCAGACCGUAACGACGACCGUCGAACCAUGUAUGACCAACACCGCGUCAGACCCUGUCUCACCAACACUUCGUCAGACUGUAAUAGCGAGCGUCGAACCAUGUCUCACCGAUACUGCGUCAGACCAUGUCUCACCAACACCUCCGCUCACCAACACCGCGUCAGAUGAUAGUGAGCGUCAGAAAUAAGGUAUACAGUGAUCGCGACUAUGUUCUAAUUGUGACGAUUUAUCCAAAAUGGAGGGGAGGAGGUUUAUAUUGUUUGGAAUUCUUCAAUGAUUAAUUUCUAAUUGAACUUUAUUGUUGUAAAUUGAAUUUUAUAAAUGUAACUCCUAUGUUGUAAUGUAACCCCCCAUGUAGGUAUUACUAAAGAUAAAUUAAGAUUUUUGGAUUAUCACUUAAAUUGUAACUAUGUAUUGAAAUUUUUAAAUCGUAAAAUGUGCUAAAAGUAGAUAUUUUAAAUCACCUCUGAUUUUUAGAAAUAAAUAUAAAAUUUCUAGUAUUACCGUUAGUGACUUAUUAAUAUAUUAAAUGCGAUGUAUAAAUAAGUUUUUGCUAAGGUAAACUUUCAAUAUAGUCCGACUAAUUUAUCCGACCCGGUACGCCAAUAAAUAGCUCACUAGCACCCUCCUGUAAAUUUCAAGAUCCUUGUUUUAUAGCUUUAUUUUUGCUUUUUCUAUGUAAAUUUGAUUUUUUCUGCCAGAACUAAUUGUGUUGGCUGUAUUUCUCUCACCGGGCCAGAUAAAUCUGUCGCAUUACAGUUUGAAUACGUCAUAUGUCAGUGCAAAUUAAAUUGUUUUCUCCUAUUUUGAAUUGAAGAUGUUUUCUUUGUUUAAACAAUAUUUUAUAUAUACCUAGACUAUCGUAAUAAUAUUGCGGUUUUUGUCUAUUUUUAUGUUUUCUUAAACUUAGUAAAUACUAAUUUCUGUGUACAUUUAAAAGUUACAAAGGAUUUUUUGUCGUAAUAUUUGCGUUAUUCAUCAUAUUUUUUGAAAUUUCUUCUCGCAUUUACAUUUUUAAAAUAUUAUUUACAAAGAGACAUCGAUUUAAAAGAUUUAAUAUAUAAUACAUUUAACGUAAGUUUUUAAUUAAAAAAGGUGUGGUGCAGAAACGUGGUAAGUUGCGGUUUGUCUUAGUAAAUCAAGCCCAACGAACCUUCAGUUUUAACUGCAGAGUUAACUGAAUAGUUUAACUGUACAGUUAAAUUGACGUAGGUGAAAUUACUGUACAGUUCUACUGUUCAGUUAAAACUGAAGGUAGCAGGGUUUAGUAACUUCUUAACAGCAGAAAUGUCCUUUAUAUUAAGACCAAUAGUUAUUGAAUAACUCAGUACAUUUUAAUAUUAAAAUAAGAUUAUUGAUAAGCCAUGUUGCGUUAAGUUUUGUAUUAAUGUUACGGUAAAUGUGAGAAAUAAGGGAAAUUGUAUAAUGACCAGUUUGAAAUAAAAUCUUGAAAUGUCGCAUAAAACAAAUGUCAUACUAAUGUAUUUCCAAGUUAAUCAUUUUUACCGUAACAUAAACAUAGAAAUUCUCUUACGGAAGGUUUGCAACACCAAAGAAUGCGAAGUUGCUAACAGUUUGAUAGAAAAAAGGGACCUAAAAUUAUGUAAGAGUGUGUCUAUGUUAAAUUCAUUGACCUCUUAUUUAACAGUUGCAGCUGAAAUUUUAAAGUUACUGCUACUUAAUUGUAUUAUAGUUUGACAAGUUAUUUGACCCGGUGGUUAUUAGUCAAAUUGAAUUAUGACAUUAUUAUUGUCAACGCCUGUCUAUGUCAAAAAGUGUCAUUAGAUCUUUGUGUUGUAGACAUGUAAGUAGACUAGCUGUUGCCCGCGAUUUCGCCUGUGUAGAAUUUAAAAAAAAAAUAGGUAAAAAUGUAGCAUAUGUUUCUCACAGAUAAUAGAUUUUUGAUAGUUCGAGAAUUUUUAAAAUCGGUUUAGUAGUUUUUGAGUUAUUGAAAUAUAUACAAAAAUACAAAUGCUUCCUCUUUAUAAUAUAACUUUUGCUUCAUUCAGACUUAAAUGCAACUUUAGAGGUUAUAGUUAAGAAUUUUCGAAACAAUAUUAUUUCGAAAACUACUAAACAACGCAAAAAGGUGAAAAUCAUACACAAAAUGCUGUAUUUGUAGAGACUAGUGAUUAUUUUCAUUUUCUACGUUCAUGUGGUUUUAAAUAUUUUCUAAUAGAUUUACCUGAUAGCGCCUCACCGGGCCAGAUAAAUUUGUUUAACUAUAGUUCGGAAUUAUAACAAUACGAUAAGAUUGCGCCAAAUAGGCAC